AAAGUGAAAUCAUAGGGCCUCUAUGUGCAAUUCUAUGCCUGAAUCAGGCAAAUUCGCUCCCUAAACCUCAUGAGGGCUCGAGGCGGGGAAGAAAGACAACUGCGGGGAGAUCGUUAUCCGGUCAGAACUGCCUCGAUUGACCAAUCGGCGAUCUUCAUAUCUCUCUUUUGAGGCUUUCAUUGAGUUGAGGUAUGUUUAAUCUGAUGGAUCUUGACUCGUGGGGCCGGAUGCCCGCCCGGUGGAGGGUGAAGCAUAGGUAGUGACUAUAUAGACCUCACUGGUUGCCUCUCUUUUCUUCUGCUUCUUUCUCUCUUCUUGUGAUUCUAAGUUCACAUAUUUGCAAGUUGAAUUCAUUGGUGAAUUACAACUGCCGCUCAUCAUGAAGCUCCUAAACGUUCUCGCUUUGGCGGGGCUGGCCACAGCUUGCGCUCAUGAUCAUGAUGAUAAGGAGUGGACGAAAGAGGAACUUGAUGAGCUUGAGCAGAAAUGGGGUUAUGAGUGGCCCUUUGCUGGCAUCAACACAUUUGCCCAUCUCAACCAUGUAAAGUGCCUCACUGAACCCACUGAGCCUUUCGAUAUUGCUAUUGUCGGUGCUCCUUUCGACACAGCGGUGAGCUACCGCCCAGGAGCUCGUUUUGGCCCACGAGCUAUUCGCUCUGCAUCUGCUCGUCAGACAUCCAUGCGUGGAUUCAACCCUCGAGCUGGUAUUAACCCUUACCAGAACUGGGCUAAGAUUGUGGACUGUGGUGAUAUUUCUAUCACCCCCAUCGACAACAACAUUGCUCGCGAGCAGAUGACCCAGGCUUUCAAGCAGCUUGGUCGCCGCAAGACAGUUUCUGCGCUUGCGCCCAAGGCUCGACUGGUAACUUUGGGUGGUGAUCACUCUUUGGCUCUCCCUGCUUUGAGAGCGUUGAACGAGAUUCAUGGGAAGCCUAUCCAGGUCCUGCACUUCGAUGCUCAUCUCGAUACCUGGAACCCAGCUGCCUAUCCUUCGUGGUGGGGAGCCACUCAGUUUACCCACGGCUCCAUGUUUUGGAUGGCCAACCAGGAAGGUCUCCUUUCAAACUCCUCCUCUGAACGCUCCGUUCAUGCCGGUCUACGCACUAGGCUCUCAGGUAACGACUUUGCCGACAACGAGGACGACACCUCCCAAGGCUGGGUCCGCUUCACAGCCGACGAUAUUGAUGAUCUCGGUACCAAGGGAAUAAUCGACGGUAUCCUUAAGGUCCUUGGUACCGAGAACCCUGUGUAUCUCUCCGUCGACAUCGAUGUUCUGGAUCCCGCCUUUGCACCCGGCACCGGAACCCCUGAGCCCGGUGGUUGGUCUACCCGCGAGUUCAUCCGCAUUCUUCGCGGCCUCGAGGGCUUGAACCUAGUUGGUGCUGAUGUUGUUGAGGUGUCUCCUGCUUACCAGAAUGGUGGUGAGGAGACAGCUCUGGCUGCUGCUCAGGUUGUGUAUGAGAUCAUUAGCUCCAUGGUCAAGAGAGGCCUUCAGGAUGGCGGAAAGGAGGGCAAUGGCGGCAAUGCUGCUGCUGGUAAAGAUGAGUUGUAAGUGGCAUCAAGAGAUGUGGCGUUAUGUGUUAUGAAUGAUAAUGAGGACUUGCAUGGGUUUUGGUCAGCGUCAAAAGAAUGUACAUGAAAUGGAGAGGGUGUGAUUUAUAGCAGAGAAAAAUAUCAUUGAAAUUACUGAACUGUUCUGGUUCUUCCAUUCUGGUUUCUCGGCAAAUACUGCUACUGGUUUUAAAAUUGCAUACGUUUCACAGAA